AUGGCAAAUAUAAAUAUAGAAGAGUUUAACACUAUAAAGGAAGGAAAAGCCGUUGUCUUGACUCCUAAAGAAGACAAGGUUUUCUAUAACCCUAUACAACAAUUUAACAGAGAUUUAUCUGUGACGGGUAUUAAGGCAUGGACAGAGCUUUACAUGGAAAGUAAAACCGGAGAAAAAGAAAAGGCAAACAAGAAAAGAAAGCUUGAAAAUGGGGCAGAAGAGAAACCGGAAGAGAAACCUUUUAUCAAAAUAUUGGAAGCUUUAUCAGCUACAGGACUUAGAGCUAUUAGAUACGGACACGAAAUCCCACAUGUAAGCAAAAUUGUUGCCAACGAUUUAUUACCAGAAGCAGUUAAAUCAAUAGAUAGAAACAUUGAGUAUAAUCAGUUAUCGGACAUAGUUGAAUCAAACUUGGGCGAUGCUAUUAAAUUCAUGUCUAGCACGACUGAAAAAUUCCAUGUAAUUGACUUAGACCCAUAUGGCACUGCUACACCUUUCAUCGAUGGUGCUAUACAGGGAAUAAGAGACGAGGGUUUAUUAUUAGUCACAUGUACUGACGCUGGUGUCUUAGCAGGAUCAGGGUACCCAGAAAAAUGCUUUGCAUUAUAUGGGGGGCAUAAUUUUGGAAAUUCUAAUGUAAGUGGUGAAGCAAACCAUGAAGCGGGAAUAAGAUUAAUAUUGAAUAUGAUUGCAACAAAUGCUGCUAAAUAUAAAAAAACUAUCGAGCCAUUACUCUCCUUAUCCAUUGAUUUCUAUUUCAGACUUUUCAUUAAAGUCAAGACAAGUCCUAUUGAGGUCAAGCAAUUAGCUAGCAAAACCAUGCUAACUUAUUAUUGUACUGGAUGCGGAAACAAGUUGAAUCAGCCUCUAGGAAGAGUUGUUGAAAGUGGAAAGCAGAAUAAAAAGUUCCAAGUACCUAAACUUGUUAAUAUAAACUCGACAUGUGAAUACUGCGAGGGACACUAUAACAUAGCUGGGCCAAUGUGGUACGGAAAUUUACAUAAUGAAGAGUUUAUCGGUAAAAUGUUAAACAUCAAUGCCGAUUCUGAUAAGGAGGUUUAUUGUACAACUGAAAGAAUUAAAGGAAUGUUAACUUUAGCUAAAAACGAAAUGGAAUUGCCAUUCUAUUUUAAUUUAAACCAAUUAUCGUCUCUUUUCAAAUCUCCUCCAAUUCCAAUUAACGACUUCUGUAGAAGUGUGGGAAAUUUGGGAUACAACGUUUCUUUGACUCAUGCCAAAAAAAAUUGUAUAAAGACAGAUGCUCCUUGGGACGUGAUAUUGAAAAUCAACAAACAGUGGCUAGUUGAAUCUAAUAAAACCUUGUUGAAGACAUACGAGCAAAAGUUAGCCGAUUCUCCAGAAAACGAGGCCCUUGAAUCUAAAAUUAAUUUUUACAAAGAAAACAUAGAGAGUAAUCCGAACUUGACCAGUGGAAUGGUAGGAUAUAAGAUCUUAAAAAAUUUGAAGUCAAACCCCGACGAUGAAGUCAUCAACUUUAAAGACGAUAACGAAGUCAGUCAAAAGAUUAACAAAUUAAGACAUUUAAAAAUGGUUAGGUAUCAAGAAAAUCCAACUAAAAACUGGGGCCCUAAAUCAAGACCAGGGAAAUAG